AGAUCAUUUAGACAAGCAACGAACAUUCGCGUUACAGGCGUCGUAUGCAACGCAAGUGUGCAUUGGUUAAGUUAACAUUGUGAAAUAAUAAGAAAAUGUCGAUUCGCAAACAUUUUGUGUUUAUUGUGUUCAGUGUGUGCGUCUAUGGCAGUUUGCAAUUGAUACCUUUGCCUGACUACAUCCAUCCAUGUUCAGAACUAAGUGACGAAUGUUUCACAAAAGCCACAAUGGACGCUAUCCCGGGAAUAGUGAAGGGAAUCCCGGAGGCCGGGAUCCCGUCCCUAGACCCACUCUAUUUGGAGAAGAACAUUAGCAUGACGCUCCCCGGAAACUUGAAGAUGACCUUCCAUAAUGCUAAGCUGGUGGGAUUGAGUACCUGUAUACCGGAUAAAGUGUCAUCUCGUCGUAAGAAGCGCACGUUUGUGUUCGACAUGCACUGCAACUUCACAGUGAGCGGACAGUACAGUCUGCUGGGCAGGCUGCUACUCUUCAACCUGGAUACUGACGGACAGGCCAAGAUCAAGAUUUACAACCAGCGCAUUCGCUUAGAGGUGGUGGAACGAGUAGUGCUGAACAAGAACGGCGAGGGUCACUACAAGAUCAACUCAUACAAGUACAAGGCUGACUACGGAACAGAUCUGAAGCUGAACCUCACCAACCUCAUCAGAGGAAACCCUGCGAUCAGUGCCCAAGUUCUUCAAGUUCUAAACGCUGACUCGCAGACGUUAGCCAAAGACUUCGGUGGCCCCAUCCUAGACUACGCCAUUGAUUAUGCUAUGAAUGUCACACAGAAAUUCUUUGACGCAUACACUUAUGACCAAAUAUCUUACGUGCCUCUUACAGAAGACUUCUUCGAGAAGGAACAGGAAUGAGAGAGAAGAGAAGAUUUAGCUUUAUCGUUCUUUAAUUUAAGAAGUUUAAAAUGUCUUUGUUUUAGCCUAAGGGUCGGUUCAUAUUUGACGGAACAUGCGUCGCGUAACACCCAGACAAAUGUGUAGAAAAACAAUUGGGUAGUAUCCUCGGUCAAAAAUAAAUUAUUACAACUUUUCAAUACAAUAAAAUAUUAAAAAAUAAUCACACUCUUGAUGAACAAUUUAAUUUUCGAUUUUUUCUAGCUAAAUUUCUAUAAAUAAGUCUGCUAUUUGACGUCAAAAACUUAUGACGUCAUAACGCACUAUUUCAUACAAAGUUCAUAGAAAAUAUCGUUUUUGACGUUUCGAAAAAAGUAUUGAAUUUGACUAGUAGGAAAGUAGCCUAUUGAUCGUUCACACUCAACCGAUGAUACGUCAGUACGACCGAUGAUACGUUCGACGUAUUUUACGUCAGAUAUGAACCGAUCUUAAAAGGGUCUUUAAAGGUAUCUCAGUUUUUAAUACGUUCUUUCAUAGUUGUCUUAUUUUAAUGUCUUUUUACCAAUCAAAUGUUUGUUUCGCUUUAUUCGUACCGAUUUGUAAAUGAGAAGAAUUUUUACUACACCCUAGACAAAUAGCAUCCGAAGGCUAGAUUCUAACAUUUGAUUUGACUGCACGGAUAACGCGGUAGCUGGGCAACUAGGUACCGUAUAACGUAUCGCGGAUUUAGUGCCCGCAUGGAACAACCCUUUGUGUGGUUCCUAAAUUGUUGUUCCAGGUCUGGAUAUCUGGAUUAAUGCUAUUUGUUUAGGGAGACAGAUAUAGAGGAAAUUGGUCCUUUUUGCAAUAUAAGUUACAGCUGUUUUUUAUUUACGAUUCUCUUUCAUCAUGAAUUUUUACACAUGUUCAAAUUAUAAAUAAGGCAGGACAUGAUUGUAUUGUGAUAGUAUUGUUUUAGUUUUAAUUAUGUAGGUUUAAUGUUAAAAUUAGUUAUAUGUAAGUUAACUAAGUAGGAAGGCUUUUUCUUAGUUUUUCCUGACUCUUUCGGAGGUAGCUCUAAGUAUAGACUGUAUGUAUGACAGUAUUUAAAAAAAUUACAAUGGGGCGACUGCCAUGACAUGCCAUGCUUUUCCACCUACAUAGGUCAGAGAUGGCGAAUUUUUUCAUGAACAUGCCAUUUCUUUAAAGAAAUAUUUUUGAUGGCACAUGUAAUGCCUCUGUCCGUCAAUCACAUAGCAACUACUGAACUGAUUUUGAUGAAAUUUGUAUACAGAAGGUAUGAGCCGACUUGAGUGAUAGGAUACUUUUUAUCCCACUCGAGCGAAGCCGCUGGCAGAAGCUUGUGUAAAUGUUUGUAUGAUAACAGAGAAUUCAGAAAACAGUCGAUCCUAAACGAAGGCAUCGCUUUAGAAAUACUAUGAACAAUAACUUGUAUUUGGACUGUUUAAUUGAUAAGUAACUUUAGACUAAUGUAUUUAAAGAUUUUUUUACUAAAAACUAUAUAGGUAUCUUGUGGAAUUAAAAGUAAAAAUAACUAUAACCAGUGAAAAUGAAUAUGUACCUACUUGAACUACAAUACUUAUUAUGUAUAUAAAAAUUAUAUGAUUGCAGAAGCCAAUUAAUAAAUAUCAUAUAUAUGUAUCUACUCAAUACUAAAUGUACAUAAUAGAAAUAAAAUAAACUUUUUUUAAUUUUACGUAUUUAUUUGUGUUAAUGAAAAUCCUUUUCCAGUUUGCAAACCAGUAUGAGAAGCCAAUCAUCCUUCAAAAAUUUUAACAUAAUAAAUGUUGGUAUUAAACUA